AAUGCGAGCAGCGACGUCACAAUGAAACAAUGGACUAACGGCUUGUGCGUGUAACUUGCCGAGUUCUGAAACCCCGAAUGUUUCAAGAAAGCGAGUCAGAGCACAGUGCCGUUCUCCUGAAGAGCAAAAAGUGAAAAUAAAGUCUUUCAUCUGAUUGUACAACAGGAUGCCGAAAUUUCGUGAACGCCUGCAAGCCAAGGACGUCUGCAGAGAGCGGCCGUCGCCUACUGUAUGGACGGGAAACCUGAUAGCAAAGCGGUACAAAAUCCAGAAAAAACUCGGCAGUGGGAGCUUUGGGAUGGUCUACCUGGUCCGAGAUGAGAAAGCAAGAACGGGUGAAGAAGAAAAAGUACUGAAGGAAAUCUCUGUUGGAAAUCUUGGACCCAAUGAUACAGUUCAGGCUCAUCAGGAGGCACAGCUACUGUCCCAGUUACAACAUCCAAAUAUUGUCAAGUUCUACUCCAGUUUCCUCGAACAGGACAAGUUUUGCAUCAUAACGGAGUACUGUGAGGGAAGAGACUUGGACUGCAAGGUUGAGGAGUGCAAAGAAGCUGGCAGGACAUUCCCAGAAGCUCAGAUCAUCGAGUGGUUUAUUCAGCUCCUGUUGGGUGUGCAUUACAUGCAUGCAAGGAGGAUACUGCACAGAGAUCUGAAAACAAAGAAUGUUUUCCUUAAAAAUAAUGUGAUCAAAAUAGGAGACUUUGGUGUUUCUUGUUUUCUAAUGGGAUCUUGUGACUUGGCCACCACCUUCACCGGAACGCCAUACUACAUGAGUCCUGAAGCCCUCAGCCACCAAGGCUACGACUCCAAAUCUGACAUAUGGUCUUUAGCAUGUAUCCUCUAUGAGAUGUGCUGUUUGGACCACGCAUUCUCUGGACACAAUCUGUUGUCAGUCAUGAUGAAAAUUGUGAAUGGAAAAACUCCGUCACUGCCAGAACGAUACUCGGAGGAGCUAAACACAAUCAUGCAAAGUAUGCUGAACAAGAAUCCCUCAUUAAGGCUGUCGGCCACAGAAAUUCUACGAGUCAAAUUCAUCGAAGAUCAUUUGCAGAGUAUAAAAUUAAAGUUUUCCGGCAUGACUCUGAACUGCCAGAAUGAUUCCCGACACAUCAUUAACGCCCUACAAAAGAAAGUCCACCUGCAAACCCUCCGUGACAGGUCUGAAGUCCAAAAAAUGACUCCACGGGAGCGCAUGAGGCUACGCAAAUUACAGGACGCGGAUGAAAAGGCCAGGAAGCUGAAGCAAUUAGCAGAAGAAAAAUACCAAGAAAACCACAAGCGGAUGCAGGAGUUCAGAUCUCGCAAUUUUCAGCAAGUGAACAUCGAUGUUCUAAACGAUAGCAUGAAUCCGGCUGGCAAGGAAUUCAAUCAAAAUCAGCUGUUGGCUGUCCAAGGCUGCAAGACCCUCGGUGUUCACAGGCCAUCGGAGAGAGAAGAACGUGACAGGCUGUGCAUGUCUGAGCCAUCACCUCGUGAGAUACCAGAAGAUCCAGAGAUUGCUGAGCAAUAUUACUAUGAAGAUGGCUUUGAGUCGUGUUCUGAUGAAUCCGAUGAAUUUGAAACCGUGGAUGAAGAGACCGUUUACAAUACGUGUGAGCAGGACAGUGAUAUUCAGGCUAUGGUGCAGUGCAUGGAAGACAUCCUUGACUGUGGAACUCAAGGUGCAGCGACAGUCACUAGGAGGGUUCCAGCUGUUCCCCAGGGGUCUCGGGUUAUCAACUGCACUAUGGCAGAGACCAAGAUGAAGCGCAUGAGGGAAUCAAUAACGCAGAAGAUGGGACCAGCUGUGUUUCACAAGGUUUAUGACUAUUUAAAAGACGCACGACAGAAACACAUGAAAGAAACAGAGAUUAAGGAAUUCCUGAGUCGGAUUGUGGAGCGACUAAGCGACUGCUUUGAGGUCGACCAGCUUCUGUAUUUUGAGGAACAGCUCGAGCUGUCUAAAGAAAAAGAAACAACGUCCUAAAGAGACACAGGGUGACACUUCAGAGUAGGGGCUUUCGUGGCUUGUUCGGGUGCAUCUUUCAGUCAUUGAGUGCUGCCUUAUACAAACGCGGCUUUUUGUGACGAUUUUUAUAGACGGUCAGAUUUUUCCUGAGACGCGAGCGCACAGUCUGUAAAAAGCUACUGACAUGUGCAACUUGGACGGUUUUCAGAUCUCAGUGGUCCUCUGGUGAUCAACACUGUACCCCACCCUUUGGUGUAAAACUAAUCCCAUCUGAGCAGAUCUUCAUUAAGACCACAGGAAAUGUUAGUUGAGCUCUCUUUAUGCCAGGUGUAGUCGAUAAAUGAUACUCACGUCGCCACUGAAAAAAUGUUGGGGUGCCAACCAGGUCGUCUCCGUUUAAUUCCAACAAAAGUAUAAGUAAAGACAACAAAAAUUAUGGCCGCAAUAUCAAGGAAGAUUAAAAUGAGAUUACCUUCAGGAAGUACUGUGAAGAAAUCUUGUGUUAGGGUCUGUAGAAGACUGAGUGCCUCCUUCUGGCAGGGGUGGGACUUACAGGUCGGGGACCAGAAGGGGCGGAGUAAGUUGCCCUUAUUGGCCAUCUUCUCCAAAGAGGAACACGUUAGGGUCGACGCCCCCUCUCAGCUUGAAGGGGGCAUCACACACCUGCCAAAGAACUUGGAAGGCGAGCCUCU